AUGGCUUCUGCUGCCGAGCCCGACGAUCGAUUGGAGUUGGUAGCUUCAACCUCGUCCCUCUUAGAUAGUUGUAUCCGUGCGUUCGGCUCGAUUCUGAAGCAGCCGCUGGACAGCAAUCAGGACUACAUCAACUCCACUGUGAACCUUCAUGAUGAGCUGGGACGUCUUCGAUUAUGGGCGGGAAGUUUUGGUGCUCAUCGCAAGGAAAAAGACAGACUGUCGCUCGAUCAUCGCCUAAGAGAGGCCCCAGAAUUGCACAAGCUGGUCAGAGACCACCUGUCUGAUAUUUACGAUGCUUUAUCAUGCGCAAACAACAUCGUGCUUGACCCUGAAUAUGUUUCUCGGUGUUCUAAAGAAGAGUCCACUACGCCCGAGUCCGAGGACUCCUCAGACUCCGACGCAUCUUCAGCUGGGCUGGAAACCAGAAAUCCCUCAUUAUCUGAUCUCGAAGAGUAUCUUUUGGAUAUACGCCAUACGAUCACAAGCCUGUACAAAUUCUCGGUAACGCUUCAAAAUCCGGCGACCAGGGACAAGACUAAAAAGGCAUCCCGUAUCGAUGUUAGUUUCUAUGAAGUGUUCGACAUACAACACGCCUCGGAAAAGUUCGGUUUGCCAGCUGACUGUAUUCUUGCUCAGCGCCUGGGACGAGCCAAUACAAGGCGGCGUCAACUCCUGGCUUACUACAAGGACCACGACCAGAAAAUUUCUAAGUAUAUCGACGUCUUCAUGGGCAAUGCCCUUCAGUCUAGCUCUACCCCGAAGAGUAAAACUUCUGGAGAUCAACGUGAUGUCGUUUCUCUCUCUGGUAUACAAGGCGCUGCCGCUAGCACCAAGUCUACUGAGUGGACACAGGACACAACGGUCUCAACCGUGCGAAUGCCCGACGUUGACGCUACCUCGGAUUCUGGAAGGACAGUGUUCUCUACUACUACUUCGGCAGCCGGCGAUGAAAGCUCCACAAUUCCAGUCCCGCCCCCGCCGGACCCAGAAGCAGCCGCUCGACAAGAGCCAUUUAAUUGUCAAAUAUGCUGCCAAAUAAUAAUAGUAAAGAACAGCGAAGAUGACUGGAAGUAUCACGUCUUUAGUGAUCUACGACCCUAUAUCUGCACUUUUGACAACUGUGUUCAAGCAAACCAACUUUAUGACAGCUAUACCGAAUGGAGUGAGCAUGAGCGGCAAUUUCAUCGUCGCGAAUGGGUGUGCAAUCUCUGUUCUCGGGUCUACAAGUCUCAACUCUCGUUUUCUGCGCAUAUCCAGUCUUCUCACGCUGGCGUAUUCUCAAAAGACCAAUUGCAGGUGGUGAUUCGUGGAUCCGAGAGGCCGAUUACCACGCCACAGCAGUGCCCUCUAUGUACUAAACGACCAAUCGACAACCCAGUAAGAUUUCAGAAACACCUGGCCCGCCAUUUGCAGCAAUUUUCAUUGUUUAUAAUAUCCAGAGGGAGUGACCCGGAAGCCCCACAAGAAAUGACCGACAGUGCUUCGGACCUGGACGAAUCCUCCACUGCCAGACUUCGGAGACGACUGAAGGAGUCACGUAUUCGGUCUCAUGUCGAGCAAUCGCACUUCUUUAUCCCGAGCCCGACUCUCCAACGUUUGGUAAGCAAAAGUGUGCACGAUAUUCUGGUGGAUGAUUUACAGGUUGAAGCGGAAAGCGUGACCCGCUAUGCAGAGAUCAUAUCACAGAGAGCCGCAAGACUGUUCGCAAUCUUGGUUGGUUUGCAGAAAGAGCAUGAUAUCAUUAAACUUCUUGAUGAAGGUAUAAAGGACAAUAACCUUCCCUUUAUCAGAGUGACAAAACUCGAAGAGUCGAACACGAUUCUAGUCACCAAGCAAGGCGCACCAAUUCACACGUUGAAGACCUGGGAUGCCAGAACACUGCAAAAUAUAGCGGUUAAGCAAUACCGUGUAUUGAGUCCUGUGUUUUGCAGACAUGCUCACUAUGAGCUUGAUGGAUCAGAUAUCCUACCCUUCGUUGAAGAUGAUACCGAACUAGAAUCAUGGCCAGAAGUGCAAGGCGGCUUUGCAGAAGUAUAUCCAGUGCGUAUUCACCGUGAUCACCACCAGUUCGGUCAGAAUGAUCUUACAGUUGCCGUCAAGCGCACGUACCUUGCUUCCGAUUUUAGAUCUGAGCGAAAGGCCUAUCUAGACCUCGGCCCUUCCGCCCAUCCCCACAUAAUUGAUCUCUUGUUCACAUACGAAUACAGGAAGAGCUUCCAUUUGGUAUUUCCGUGUGCUGCUGAAAAUCUACGGAACUACUGGCAGACGAAUCCCAACCCUGUGCUCAAUCCUCAGUUCUUUACAUGGACCGUACAACAGAUGACAGGAAUCGCAAAUGGGCUGGCCUACUUUCAUGAGUUCGAGGACCGUAAAACCGGCGAGACUCGUUUUGGACGGCAUGGCGAUAUCAAAGCCGAGAACAUCUUUAGAUUCCCUUCUCCCCUUGGUCCUGGAAUCCUGAAGAUAGCCGACUUGGGCCAUGCGACAAUUCAUAGCAACUUAACUCAAGCGAGUGAAGAUCCAAAGACUGUCAAGUGCUCCCCUACGUAUUCUCCCCCAGAUGCACUGCGUGGAUGGCUGAUCACACGGAAAUUCGAUAUAUGGGGUCUCGGGUGCCUGUACCUGGAGUGGAUAACGUAUCUUCUUCUUGGAAACCAAGCGAUCACGGAUUUUUCCAACAAACGACUAGAGCGUAGCACCACCUAUCCCGAGCUUUGGGAAGAUAACUUCUAUACAGCACACGGUGAGGUGGUCAACGCACAUGUAGUCGUCUGGGUCGACAAAUUAAAGCGACUUCCGCACUGCUCCCAGAUGAUGCAUGAUAUUCUCGACCUUAUCACCACGAAGAUGAUCGUCAUUGUUCCAGAAAUGCGAAGCUCGGCACAGGAGAUUUCUCAACACCUCAAACAGUUCUUUACGCGUGCUCAGGAAGAUGAAAACUAUCUUGCCGGACCAACACCCCUCCCCAGAAAGGAUAAUGGGAAGAGCCUGAAACGAUUUACUACCUUUUAG